CUCCUCCUCCUCCUCCUCCUUCGCCCCUCGCAUUCAGACACACGCACACCCUCACUCUGCCCACCUUGGGGCCCCUCUCCUUCUGCUUUUCGGGCUUUUUUCUCCUCCCGCGGCCCUUGCAUCCUGAGGCACGCGACCAUGAGCCGCGGCCGCCGCCAGCUGGAGCGCGAGUUCCAGUCCGAGUGCUUUGAAGACAUAGAAGACACCAUUGUCAACCCGGAUGUGCGGAAUUUUUACCAGAUUGCCGCUUCGAUCGCCAACGGUGCCCUUGCUGCUGUGGUUGAUGCCUGUCAGCCGGGUGCCUCGGUGUUGGACCUCUGCAUCCUCGGUGACCGGCACAUCCUGGAAUCGCAGGGCACCAUCCCUCGGCACUACCGGCAGUUUCGCCAUGGCGUGGCCUUUCCCACCUCGGUGGCCGUCAACAAUAUCAUCGGCAACUGCUGUCCGCUGAAAACCGAUCCGCCGAUGUUCAUCAACCCCGGGGACAUUGUCAAAAUUGAGCUUGGUGUCCAUUUCAACACCUUCCCCGUGAUGGCUGGUACCACGGUGCACGUGCCGCCCGGUGAUGGGGCCGACUCGCCGGUCGCCGAUUUCCCCCGGCUGGCGGACCUCCUGAGCGCCACGCACUACGCCAGCCUGGCCGCGUUGCAGCUUCUUCGGCCGGGGCACCGAUGCGCCGACCUCCGGGCCGCCAUCAGCCAAGUGGCCGCACACUUCCGCUGCAAUGUUAUCCCAGGCAUUUUAUCUACAUCGCUGCACCGGGAGCUUGUUGAAGGACACAAGUCCUUCUCCCUCGGAGCAAAGGAUGGCCGACACCCGCGUGAUGGGAUUACCUUCGAAGAGGGCGAGGUGUAUGCCGUUUCGAUUUUACUGUCCACCGGGACCGGGUCAUGUCGUCUCGCCUCGCAAGCCGCGCAUCCGGCCCUCUCACGACCGAACAUCUACGCGCGCCAGCCGUUGGGCUUCUCGACCCAGCUUCGCCUGCGUGCUUCACGUACUCUUCUCAAUCAGAUCACCGAGCACCACAGUGUCUUCCCCUUCUCGGUGAGAUCUCUCGGUGAUGAGGCUGCGAUCCGGCUUGGCCUUGCAGACCUGGCCAGCAAGGACAUGGUCACCCCCUAUCCGACCUUUGUCGAAGCACCCACUGAAACCGUGGCCAUGGCCAAGUUCACGGUGCUCCUGACACACGAGGGCCCCCUGCCGGUGGCCUUUGCCCCGGUCGACGACCGAACCCACCUCAUUCAGCCGCUGGAUGGACUCCGGGAGCUGGCCUGCUUCGAGGCGCUGGUCGCCGGGGCCCGCCGGCUGCCGGCCCUGUCGACCAAAGGGCAGGUCGACCUGCCCGACCGCCUGACUCGGCGCUUUCGCACCAUGGGACUCGGGUCACGGGGACCGGCUGGCCGCCGGGCACAGCUUGAGGCCGUCUACUCGGCCUCCUCUAGCGAGGACGACGAGCUCGGCGUGGCGGGUGGGGGGCAAUGAAAUAUCCCACAAACA